UCAGCAAUUGAUGAUGAGCGUCUUACAGCAGAUGAAAUGGAUGAACAGAGGAAGUGUAACAUAGCUUAUGAAUAUUUGUGCCAUUUACAAGAAGCUAAAAUAUGGAUUCAAGCAUGUAUAAACGAAGAACUACCUCCCACUACAGAACUGGAGGAGGGUCUUAUGAAUGGUGUCUACCUUGCCAAAUUAGGACAUUUUUUCGCUCCACAAAAAGUCAAAUUAAAGAAAAUAUAUGACAAAGAACAAACAAGAUACAAGGCAACAGGGCUUCAUUUUCGACACACAGACAAUAUAAAUCAUUGGUUUGUUGCUAUGGAAGAAGUUGGUUUACCCAAAAUAUUCUAUCCAGAAACAACAGAUAUAUAUGAUAGAAAGAAUAUGCCCAGAGCUAUAUACUGUAUUCAUGCUUUAAGUUUGUAUUUAUUUAAAUUGGGGCUGGCUCCCCAGAUUCAAGAUUUAUAUGGAAAAAUUAAUUUUACAGAUGAAGAAAUUAGUGCAAUGAGAAAAGAAUUAGAUAAAUAUGGUAUUCAGAUGCCAGCGUUUGGUAAAAUUGGUGGUAUUCUAGCCAAUGAAAUGACUGUAGAUGAUGCAGCUUUACAUGCAGCUAUAAUUGCUAUUAAUGAAGCUAUAGAAAAUGAGAACAGUAAAGAAACUUAUAACGCCCUACAGAAUCCAUCAGCCAUGUUGGUCAACAUCAAUCUGGAGGCAGCUGAUAAUUACCAAACUCUUCUAUUUCAAGCUAAACAUACUAAAGCUGAAAAUGCCAGAAACAAGAGUAUGGAUGCUGAUAGAGUUUUAGAACAAGAUAUUUAUGAUGAAAUUUUAACACAGGCAGAAAUUCAGGGAAAUCUUAACAAAGUCAACACCAGUCGAGCGUUAGAUGAUUUAAAUGAUGCCUUAUUAAAAGGUGAUAGACAAACAAUUUUAGGAGCUUUAAAAUCAUCACAUCUUGGUUUGAAAAACAUUAAUGAUGAAAAUCUCGAUUUUUAUAUUGAAAAAUUACAUCAACUUAGAGAAAAUAAAAAGAAUAAUAAUAAUUUAGAAGAAACAACACUGGAUAAAGAAGAAUUACAACAAGCUAUAGAUCAAGCUAACCUGGAGGCAGAUUCUGAAUAUCAGAAAUGUAUAGCAGUAGAAGCUAUAAACACAGCUCUAGCCAAUGGUGAUAGAGAUUUAUUAUUACGAGCCUUACAGAAUCCUGCCGCUCAAUUACCUCCUGUGUAUGAUUAUGCUGGUAAUUUAUAUUUAGAAGAGUUUCUUAGUAUCAAAAAUGAAAAACAGGGAAAUCUAGAACAUGAAGAGAUAAGUGCUGCUCUCAAUGUUUUGGGAGCUGUAGCUAAUAUUAAUCAAGCAAUAGAUGUUGGUGAUCCUAGUAACACAUAUUCAGCACUACGUUCACCUGAAGCUCAUCUAGCUGAUUUAGAUGAACACAAUAUGGAAAAAUACCAAGCUGCACUGUCCAAUACUAAACAUGAUAAAGCUGGGCUACCAUGUGAUUUAUUAACCCACUAUGAAAUAAGUGAAACAGUGAAAGCUGUACAUCAACAGGUUCAAGAAGAACACGAAAGAAUUAUCGCUAUAGGUGUUAUCAAUGAUGCUAUAGAUAAUGGUGAUACAGAAGAAGUUUAUCAAGCUCUUAUGUUACCAACAGCUAAAUUACACGAUCUUGAUGAUAAACAAAAGGAUCAUUAUUAUUCAUUAUUAGCUAAGGAAAAGGCGAAGAAAGCAGAGAGAACAAAUGAUGAAGGUGCUGUUUUAUGGUUAGAAGAAAUUCAAGAAUGUGUUGAAAAAGCUAAUAAAAAUGCUGCAGAUGGUGUCAGUUUGUCAACUGGUGUUGUAGCUAUAAACAAGGCAGUAGAUGAUAAAGAUACUGAUGAAUUUUCAUCAGCUAUUAAUAAUAAUGCUGUUGGAUUAGUUAAUGUAACACCAGAUUGUAUGGGGCGAUACAAUGAGAAGCUGUAUGAAACUAAACAAGAGAAACUACAAGCAGGUGAUGUUGGUAGUGGGUGGAUUAUGAACAGAUUAAAAGAUGGUACCAAGUUUUUCUAUAAUGCCAACACUGGAGAAUAUGCCUGGAAGAGAAGAGAUGAUAUUAUUAAAGAUCAUAAUUUACUGACUAAAGAUGAAAUACAGGGUGUGGUGAAUGAAAUAACAGAAGAUCAUAAUAGAGAGUUGUUAUUUGAAGCUAAUGAAGACACUAUUAUACAAUCACAAGCUUAUAUUAGAGAAUAUCUAGCUAGAAAACAUUAUAAAGAUAGAGUCAACUAUUUAAAAGACCAAGAGCCAUCCAUUGUUAAAUUACAGGCCUGGUGGAAGAGUAAGAAACAAAAAGAGAAGUUUAAAGAAAGAAUGAACUAUCUUGAAGACAAUACUGAUGCAGCUAUUAAGCUCCAAGCGUACGCAAGAAUGUGGCAGGCAAGAAAGAAAUAUAAAGAUAGAUUGAAAUAUUUUAAAGAUAAUGUAAAUAAGGUAGUGAAAAUUCAAGCUUUCUUCAGAUCAAAUUUAGCUCAACAAGACUAUAAAGCACUUAUGCAAGAUGAAAAUCCCUCCCUAUCUGUUGUGCGUAAAUUUGUACAUUUAUUAGAUGCCAGUGAUAAUGAUUAUGCUGAAGAAUUGGAGUUACAGAAACUACGUCAGCAGGUGGUGGCAGAAAUUAGAUCCAAUCAACAAUUAGAACAAGAUUUAGAUCAGAUGGAUAUUAAAAUAGGUUUAUUAAUAAAGAAUAGAAUCACCUUACAGGAUGUAGUAAUGCACAAUAAGAAAUUAACUAAAAGAGCAGAUCAACCAUUAGACGGACCUAAAGGCUUAAAAGCAUUAAGUCGAGAGAGUCACGAGAAGCUUCACAGCUAUCAGCAUUUAUUUUACCUCCUACAAACCAACCCUAACUAUCUUGCCAAGUUGAUAUUUGAAAUGCCCCAGAUCCGAUCCACCAAAUUUAUGGAAUCUGUGAUUUAUUCCCUGUUUAAUUAUGGUUCCAAUCAAAGAGAAGAAUAUUUGUUAAUUAAAUUAUUUGAAACAGCUUUACGAGAGGAAAUAUUAUCUAAAGUUGAUAAGAUGUCUGAUAUUGUAUCAGGGAAUCCACUAGUUGUUAAAAUGAUUGUGGGAUUUAACAGUGUCCAUAUAGCAUCACCAAGAGCAUCACCAAAAUUCAGGAUAAUUUUUGAUUUAGCAAAUUUUGUUGGGCCAUUUAUUUUCUUGUGUUCAAUUGAAAUAAAUAUGAAACAAAUUUUGUAUUUUUCCAGUGGUUUACCCUAUGAAGUAUCAACAGAACAAGCUCUAAAGCAUCCAGAAGUUGUAGAACAAGUAGAAGAAUCGAUUAAAUGUCUUCAAGAAGUUACGGAUAAAUUCUUAUCAACUGUCCUUAAUUCACUAGAUAAAAUACCGUAUGGUAUGAGGUAUAUGGCUAAGGUCAUGAGACAAACUCUAAUGCAAAAAUUCCCAGAUGCCUUAGAAAAAGAUGUUUUAAAAAUUGUUGGUAAUUUGCUAUAUUACCGCUAUAUUAACAGUGCUAUAGUUGCUCCUGAUGCCUUUGAUAUCAUUACAAUGAGUGCUGAUAAAGGGUUAACUAAUGAUCAGAGAAGAAAUCUUGGAUCUAUUGCCAAGAUUUUACAGUUUGCAGCUUCAAAUAAAGGAUUUGGUGGUGAAAGUGCCUAUCUAUCUAGUAUGAAUGAAUAUAUCAGACAUCUCAUGAAAAAUUCAAGUAAAAAGUAUUGUUUAUCAGCAUGUGAGGUUGAAGAUCCAGAAAGUAAAUUUAAUAUAGAUCAGUAUACAGAUGUUACUAUGAUAUCUAAGCCUGUUAUUUAUAUCUCUGUCUCAGAAAUUGUCGAUACUCAUCAGUUAUUAUUAGAUCAUCAAGACAAGAUCUCACCUGAGCAUGAUGACCCAUUACAUGAACUAUUGGAAGAUUUAGGCGAAGUUCCUGUUAUUGAUGAACUUCUAGGUGAUGAAGCACAAAAUGAAGAUUUACGUCAGGAGUUGGCGAAAACUGAAAUCUCUAUGACUUUGUCUAAUAAAUUUGAUGUACAACAAGAUGAUAGAGCUGAUAUGAAAUCUUUAUUAAUCAGAACUAAAAGAAUGAUAGUGGAUGUAAUUGCUUGUCAACAAGGUGAUGACUUAGUCAAAGUAUUAGAUAUUGAGUCCUCACAGGCACAGGAAGAUAGACAUCAAGCUUUAGUCAAGAAAAGAGAUAUGAUAGAUAGGAAAGCCCAGCAAUCUCAAAAAGACGGCAAAAUACAACGUCAUGAAUCUAUUUUAGGUGAUACUAGGUUACCAUUAGAAACAAUGAAGACAAAAAUACGUAAAAAUCUUCAAACAUUAGAAUUAGCUGGUAUGGUUAGUAAGAAGAAUAAGUAUCAAGAUUUAGUCAAUGCUGUUGUUCAGGAUAUAAGAAACCAAAGACGUUAUAGAAAUAACAGAAAGCAAGAAUUAAUGAGGUUGAAAACCACCAUAAAGAGUUUGAAUGAAAAGAGGACAUUUUUUGAGUCUCAGAUUGAUUACUAUAAUCAAUAUGUUAAAACUUGUUUACAGAAUUUACAACAAACUGGCAAAGUUGGUUUGUUUAAAAAACAAGAUAAAUCUAAUAAAAAGAAAGUACAAGGUUCUAUACACUACAGUGCUGCCAGAUUACACGAGAAAGGUGUCAUAUUAGAAAUAGAAGGAUUACCAACAACACAGUUUAAAAACGUAUUAUUUGACAUAGCUGCAACUGAGAACCCUGGAGUGUUUGAUAUUAAUGCUAAAUUUAUGGGGGUUAGUAUGGAUAAAGUGGAAGUUGUUUUCCAGGAUUUACUCCAGCUACAAUAUGAGGGUGUGGCUGUGAUGAAGAUGUUUAAUAAAGCCAAAGUCAACGUUAAUCUUCUCAUAUUUUUACUCAAUCGUAAAUUCUACGGUAAAACCAUUGCUAAAUAG